AUGUCGCUCGGACGUAAACAAGCUGCUUCACAAGAUAGUCGGGAUAGUCGGGAUACUCAUGGCGAGCCUUUCAAGAAACCCCCGGUACCUAGACGACAGCCGUCGGGUAUACUUAGACAGUCCUCACCUACAACAUCUACGGGAGGGACCUUAUCUCCAGAAGAAGACGAUGACGACAUUGCUGUUGACUCUCUUCCGCCUUUACCAAGGUCUACCGACGAGGGUCUUACUUUCGACGCCUUAUUGUCACCACAGUCGAGAAAGUCCCGUCCGUCACUCACCGAGAGGACAAUUGAGACUCUUUCACAGUUACCUUCUUCCCCGGCUUUCAAACGGCGAGGUAGCAAUUUUCUCGAGGGAGAAGCGCCUCUAAGGCCGCAAUCCAAAGGUAGCGUUAGCUCAAGGUCAAGGCCGGGCUCAAGUUAUCAAUCAGAUGGCUCGACUAUACGGUCGGUUAGAUCACUUAGCCGGCCAGGGUCUAGCUUAGGGCAAAAUGAGGGCUUAUAUUCUAAUUUUCGGGCUUCUACUAAUACCUUGGGAACAACAAAAAGAAUAUCUUCUAUAAACUCGAGGACCCCUACUAGCAAGACUCCUUUAACUUUAAACCCGCGCCCGCGGUCUAGCUUGAGUAAAGUUCCUUCUCGAUCAUCAUUAUCAGCUUCAAUAAGCCCUCCAAUGCCGAAUCUGGAUAAACGUCUCGAGGCUUCAGUCUCCAAGAACGGCUCUAAAACGGUAGCUGCUCGUCCUCUGAAAUCGAGGGCUUCGAUGAACAACUUGUAUAGGAAACCAUCUCUUCCAUCUCUAGACAAACCGUCAUCUCCUGCACCCCCGAGCCCCGCCCGCAAAGCCUCUCUUGCUUCCGCUAAAUCAUCUAGCACAUCUGGGGAUGGUCGCAACUUAUCAAGUGCUUCUACUGCUUCUACGGUGCUGACAGUGGACUCUAUUGAGGAAGCACCCGUAUCCACUGCUCGAAAGUCGUCUACCGCAUUACGAGAUCAAAUUGCCAAGGCCAAGGCGGCGAAACGCGCUGCAAGUCGACAAGUGUCGGUGACAAAUGUUCCCGAGGCUGAGGAGGCGCCAGUUAUCCCUACGGAUACUACAUUUGAUUUCGGCCUGUCUGAUGACCCUUUUGGGCAGCGUCAAUUUGAGAGCGCAAACCGCAGAGUUAUGCAAUCGAGAAUUGAUACUGCUAGGACAACAGGAAGGCUUAACAUUGCAGCUAUGGGUCUCAAAGAAAUCCCGACGGAAGUUUUGAAGAUGUACGAUUUAGAGUCAAUGGGUCGUCCUGGUAGCUCUUGGGCGGAGAGUGUAGAUCUAACUAGAUUUGUGGCUGCCGACAACGAGCUAGAAACGAUCGAUGAUGCCAUCUUCCCAGACACCGAUCCCAGUGACUUCGCAGACGAAGAAAGUAGUGAGGGACAUUUAUUUGGGGGGUUAGAGUCACUAGAUUUACAUGGAAAUAUGUUGAUAGCUUUGCCUAUGGGCCUAAGACGUCUUCAGUUGCUAACGUCUUUAAACCUGGCGUCCAAUAAGCUCACCAACAAUUGCCUCGAAAUAAUCUCACAGCUAACUAGUGUUCGAGACCUGAAGCUCGGCAAUAACCUUUUGUACGGUCGCAUGGAAGGUGACUAUUUGGCCAAUUUGCAGAACCUUGAAAUUCUUGAUCUUCACGGAAAUAAUAUUUCUUCUCUCCCGGAUGGUGUCGACAAGAUGGUGCGCCUUCGUAUGCUAAAUCUAAACGAGAACGCCUUCGAGGCUUUGCCAUUUGAAAGCCUCUCAAAGCUCCCCCUCACUGAACUGCUGGUUCGCAAGAACAAACUCUCCGGGACACUCAUCGGCCCCGGGGUAGAGGGCUUUCCGCAACUUCAAAUUCUCGACGUGGCGGCUAAUCAAAUAAAAAUGAUAGUAGAUGACGAUCGGGCUCUGAAUUUGCCGUCUCUGCAUCAAUUUACGGUGUCUAUAAAUCGUAUCUCAUCGCUUCCCGAUAUGAGCUUGUGGACUAGUCUUCUCACGCUCAAUGCGGAUGAGAACAGCAUUACAGCUUUCCCAAAGGGUCUUACGAGUCUUGAGAAUGUGCGCCAUGUUGACUUUACUAGCAAUGAUAUUAGGGUUAUACCUCCCGAAGUGGCUAGAAUGGAGAGUCUCAUCAUGCUGCGAAUUACUGGAAACCCUCUCAGGGUCAAGAAGUUUACAUCGCUAACAACCGAAGAAUUGAAAGAUACACUGGCGGCGAAGUUGGAGCCUUUACCUCAGGCCGAACUAGGUGGGAUCGAACAAUUCGGAAAUGGAUUCUCACUUGUCCCACCUCAUAUGAAUGAUACAAAACAGAAUGUUCUGGCUAAUGGCGAUAACGAGGAGGAAGGUCGGUCAGACCCCGACGACUUUGCCACUCCACCAACCUCAGCGCCUCAAUCUCCAGCUCGCUCACGGUCUCAUACUUUGAGCAGCCAGACCUGGCCUAUCAAAUCUGGGGGUAUUCUUGACCGGUCAAACACACAAUCCUCUUCAUUGCACCCGGUCGUCUGCUCUAAGAUCGCUGUAGUUCAUACCAUACGUGAUGUGCGACUCCAGCACAAUACUUUUACCCAGUUCCCCAAUUCUUUGUCGUUUUUUACCGACACAAUUACGUCUCUUUCGCUAGCAGAUAACCAGCUCACGGGUGAGAGUUGGUUGACGGAACCAAUUGACCUUACUGCUCUUCGAGAGCUCUCUUUAGCUUCGAAUUUUAUUACUAGUCUUACGCCACUUACUACAAACCUUUGUGCGCCAAACCUUCAAAAAGCGGACGUCUCGUUCAAUAGAAUAGUAAAACUAUCGGUUUUACGGGAAUUCUUCCCGAGCCUUACUAUCCUACACAUAUCCAAUAACCGCCUAGAAGACCUUGAUCCCGAAGCAAUCAAGGGAAUGAAAGUGGUGGAUGCUAGUAAUAACGAAAUUGCGCAUCUGAAUCCACGUAUUGGACUGUUCGGAGGCACCGGAGGCCUAGAGAGGCUAGAUGUGACGGGAAACCGCUUUAGGGUCCCGCGAUGGAAUGUUCUUGAUCGUGGAACUGAAGCAACGCUCCGGUGGCUCAGGGGUCGUGUUCCCGUGGCUGAGAUGGCCGAGUGGAGAGCGAAAUCCGGUGAAGGUGAAGGCGAAGACGAUGCUUUGAACGAUGUGGACUAA